AUGCAGGCAUGCUGCAUACACGCUCACAGCAAGACCUUCGUUCACCAGGUGGCCACGAAGGUUUACCUAGCUCCUGACACGCCGAUCUCACAGUGCUUGCCUUACAGCAUCAAGCAUCAGCACCUCUUCUCCGGCAACGUUCCUCAGCCGGCAGAUUGGCUGCGAGCGUGGCGGGCGUGCCGGACAGCAUCUUCUUUCAAAGGUGCCGUGAAAUUCUAUUCCACGGAAGACUUCGCUGCUGGCAGGAACACGAAGCUUGACAGUGUGAGUCUCAAGAACAUGAUUCUUGUUAUGCACUGGGCUGUCAAGAGUGUUCGCAAGCAGCGUCUCGAACAAGCCACCAGCAUCAGCUUGUCCGUGGACGACCGCAAGGAGUAUCGUUUGGUGAGGUACCGUUGCGAUGUUCCACCGCGCACUGCCAAGCAGUCAGCGGCUCCAGGCUCCCAAGGUCCCCAAGGCUCCCAAGGCUCCCAAGGCUCGGAGGAUGGCCCGCUUGUCGCCGAUGGCUUGCUUGGGGUCUACAAGACAGGUGCCAGUGUUCCUGAAAACACAUUGGAGGAGCACGAUGCGGACAAGAGUCAGGUGAUGGCAGACAGCAUAGGCAUAGUCAUUGACAGGGCCUGUCAGGAUCCGGAAGGCAAAACUGACGAGGAGUCCUGCAGCCGCUUGAAGCUGCACGUGCGGCACUUUGCAGCCGAUCAGUGCACAUCUGCCCGGAAGUGUGGAAGGUUGUUGGUCACUGGCGGCCAGUAUCCUAACCUGGUCUGGGUAAGCCAUGAUCCUGCGCACCAGGUUCGUAUUGCCUACCAGGACCCUCUUCACGCCAUGCCCGAGUUCCAAGACCAGUGGGAGCGUUUGUUUGCUCCCGGCAAGGGCAAGCAUGCGCUUAUCCCGGACAUCCAGAACUCAGAAGUCUGGAAGGCCAGGCUCAUGGCGGCCCAGCAAGAGGUUCUCAGGCUCCAUGGCUCCCAGGCUGGUGUGGAGAAGGUUCGCUUGUGUUCCAGCGCAGGGGAGAUUGCGAAGAGUCGCAAUCUUGCUUCAGAGAAAGUCAAGGCACUCGGGCACCCUGGCCUGUCCGACACCUUUUGGACAUUUGCAAAGACUGUCCAGCUGCUCAAGGUCGAAAAAGUCCAGGAUGGUGAGGAACAGAACUUGAGGUACAACAACACCUUGUACAACAAGGCCUUACACCAGGCUGCCACAGCAGCUGUUGCAGUGCUGCGGGGUCCAUCCGGUCCCGUGGAGAAGGCUGACCGGAGAUUGGAGCUGGAAUUUGGGCGGGGCAUCUUGAGCAGUCAGUACUCGAAGUUGAGCAAGCUGUUAUCGCUGACCAACAAGCUCGCAUCUGCUACCAGAAACGCUGUAGACCUGACGGCCUGGAUGCUCGACUCCUUGACGCUGGCCCUGCGCAUGAACAUGGUCACGCCAGCUAAAUGCACCGAGAAGUUUCUGGAUCGAGACCGGAAGACAGGCGAUGCUGGCUUUUGGUUGUCGCGCAUGCUGGUGGUGCAGGUCUUCGAUUAUGCAGCAAAGCUGGCGAACAAGUUGCCUGAGCCGGACAAGGUUAAGCUGACAGGGAUUUUGGCUGAACUCCGUUGCCCUUCCACAUGUUGGGAGAAAUAUCUCCGCCAUGCUGAUGCUGAUCAAGGGGCUGCUGGAGAGGACGACAUGGACGGCGAGGACCCAGAGGACGUGGAGCGCCCUGUUCCGCAGUCCAAGAUUGGAGCUGUUAAAGAGGGUUUCAACAAAGCCAUUGGGAUGCUUUUGGAUUUGCUGCUGGAGCUGAUGUCGGGGAAGUACUACAAGGAUUGCUGCAUGCUGGCUUCGAGUGAAGAUGGCCUUGCAAAGGCAUUGACAGCUGCACAGCUCGGAAGCUCGGAUGACACGGAGCACGAGGAGCCAUGUGCGCUUAUCACUCAGAUGAAGAUCAUUGUCGACAAGUUCGACAACAGCACGAAGUCCGUUGGUGCCACAUCUGCGGCUCCUGCUCCGAGUUUGCUCCAAAGCCUGUCCAAGGCUUCUGAAGCUGACACACCCGAGGAAUGUGUCGAGCGUGAGCGGCAGUGGAAGGCGGUGCAAACGGAACGCCGCAAGUUCGUGUCGUUCUCGGUAACGAACAAGAUCUCGAAGGACUGCCUAGUCAAUGCGUUCAGAGGUUGCGGCAAGGUCUUCACGCACAAGGGCACCUUAAACUCUUCGCACCGCCUGAUCGUUGCCAGUGCGGAUCUCUUGGCAGAGGCUGGUACCGGCCCGUGGCUCAAGGGCACUCCGCCAAGCGAGGAAUGGAAAGAGAUCUGUGCCUUUGCCAAAGACAUUUCUGGGCCCGAGGAUUUCGUUGUACUCUUCGACGGCAGAAUGCGGGAAAUUCGCCGCGUGUCCGAAGACCUCCUGCUGAACCAGCAGCACACCGAGGAGUGCACCAUCGUGUACUCAGGUGGGUGCCCGCCGAGAACUGGUCGCACUCGCCGCGUUCCGCUGGCUGCAAAGAAGGUGGAGACAGGAGCGGUUAAGUCCCCGGUCGCACGCACCAAGAUUCAGACGACGAAGAAAGGCUCCUUCACAGUCUGCGGCGAGGCUUCUACGUACCAAGGCACUUACUCAGGCGUGGAGUACCGUGCGGUUUCUGAAAUGCCCCUCGUGUCUGCAGACACCAAGAAGAAGAUCAUUGCUCCGGCAACAACCGGCGACCUCCCGACACCGCCAGAGGACUGGCAGGAUCGCCACGGCGCCGACGUACCCUUGUUCUGGAACGAGUCGAAGCCGAUAGCAUAUUGGAAUGCCAUCAUUGAGGAGUUUUGCGCGGAGGCAGUGUUUGACCUCACGGCUGGCACCGGUGCUCUGAUGGAGGCUUCUUUGACUGCCGGCAUCGCAUACCACGGGCUUUGCAGCCUCAACAAGGAGCACAUGUCGUGGGUCCAGGCGGUUGCUGAUCGCGCAGCUUGCGGAAUGAUGGCUUUGGAGGGAUCCACUCUUUACUCGGACGAGAAUGCCAAGGCGGUGAAGAAGCAUUUCCCGCACGUUCUGGAGAGCUUGUCCAACCAAGACGACCAGGACGAGGCCUACCAGACGCCUCUGGGGCAAAACCAGUCUCAAGACGGCUUCUCGUCGGUGGCCCCGGGGAGCUUGCGGAAGCAGGCUGUGAAAGACGGCUUGGUCCCCAAGGCUCGAAGGUCCUUCGUCAUCUGGUUCCAGGAAAACUCCGAAGUCAAGAAAGGCGCUCCCAAGCACGAGUUUCUCAAUGAGAUGAAGCAUCUUGGCGCAGUCUGGCAGGGCAUGACCGACAAGCAGAAGGCACCAUUCAUGGCGAGGAGCAAAGAUGAGUUCAUGGCUCAGCGAAGUGCACUGGCCGUUCUUGGCAUCAGGAUGCGGGGCUCCACGACCAGUGCGGGCGGCCCCGACGAGGCGAAGGACCCCCCUGCCGCUGACGAAUCUGGCGGUCGCGUUGGCCCAUUUGAGCUUAAUGGUGCAAGGGCUCCAAUUGGAGGCGGAGCCUAUGGCAGUGUCUACAGUUGCCAGCAUCCGCAAAGCGGCCUUAACGUGGCGGUGAAGGUUUAUCGUGGCUCCGAUGGCCCCGCGGAUUGCAGGCACGAAGUGGAGCAGAUGAAGCUUCUAACGAAGGCCGUUCCGCAGCAGAAGACGAUGUGGUUCCCGCUUCUUGUCAGCUCGGGUGUCACGGGCAGACCUUGGCCAUGGAUGGCUACUAGCCUAUGUGGGCCCAGCCUGGCAACCGCACUUCGAAAUCCUGCGGCGCAUGGCAAGCCGAGGACGUGGUCUGUGGCAGCUCAGCUGAGAAGUGCACUGCAGACCUUGCAUGACGCAGGCAUCCUACACUUGGAUGUGAAACCUGGCAAUGUUCUUUGGUGCCCUUGCACAGAUCAGGUGCAGGUGUGCGACUUCGGCAUGAGUGAGAACAUGGCACGGCUCCAGAAGGCUUCUCAGGCUCCCAGGUUCCUGCAGUAUGUCACGGCUGCCUAUCGACCUCCGGAGCUGUGGCCCGCUCGUGUGAAUGGCGAUGGAGACUGCGGGGUCAGAAAGCAGCUGCUGACUGCAGCUGUGGAUAUGUGGGCCUAUGCUUGCGUGGUGUUUGAGGUGGAGACCGGGAAUCCCUUCAUGCCCAAGGGGGAGGCCGGACUGAGAGCGUGGUGCAAGCAGUGGCCCGAGCUGUGGAAAACACGCAGCGACUUAGCCAAUUGCCCCGCUGCAAGUCACACGUGCUGCACAAAGGUGCUUCGAGCCGGCAAAUGGGGGCUGUUUGUGUUGGUCGGCUGUGCUCCAGACCCCGGAAAGCGGCGGUGGCCGGAGCUCUGUCUGAAUCAGAAAUGA